AUGAACAGCAGUUCAACCAAUAAUACCAGAAACGAUUCGCUGAUUGAGUCGACCAAAAGCGAUGGUGAAUUGUGCAAGAAUAGAUCUUCGCCCGGUUUCAUGGCCAAUUUCAUCAACAACGUCUGCGGCGGUUUCGAAAUGAAAUUGCCAAGGCAGAGAGGCCGGAAAACCGAUCCGAAACCAAAGAAAAAUCCUUCGAAGCGCAAAGACGCGCCUGAACGGAAAGUCAUAGAGAAACCUGAUCCGAAACCCAAAGGUUUUCCAGAUCCGAAACCCAAAGGUUUUCCAGAUCCGAAACCCAAAGGUUUUCCAGAUCCAAAACCCAAAGAUUCGAAACGUAAAGAUCUCCCAGAUCCGAUACCAAAGAAACCCAAACGAAAAUUGAAACCUGAACCGAAACCCAAAAAACAGGACGAGCCUAAAUUGAAGUUGAGAGAGAGCUUGAGUUCGCACGAUCUCCGGAGGCGCAAAGAUAAAAACGCCAGUAGGUUGUGGGAUUUUGUCUCGGGGAAGUAUAAGCCGUUGGUGAGGAAGGGGAAGGUCGAGGUGAAGCAGAAGGAAUCCUUCUACGGACUCAAAGUCAAGCGCAAUCGGUUUUUAGAUCCAUAUAAAAUUUACAAC